CUUUGUACCAUUCUGCCAUCCUGCAACUAUAACCAUGUCGGCGACAAUGACUUCUUACGUGGUGGAUACGCUGUGGCAGCUCACCAACUGCUUCAACUGCUUCCCGAGCAAUCCGGCGCUCAAGAUCAAUGGUCGGUCAUACAAGAUCCUCCGUCUGCUGGGAGAGGGUGGCUUCUCAUACGUCUACCUGGUCCAAUCACCGCCGUCGCCGAACCUCUACGCCUUGAAGAAGAUUCGCUGUCCAUUUGGUGCCGAGUCGGUCGCGCUGGCUCUCAAAGAGGUCGAAGCAUACAGCCUGUUCCAGCCACACCCGAAUAUCAUCCACGCCCUCGACCAUGCCGUCAUUCCGGAUCGCAGCGACCCUUCAGCGAAGACCGUCUAUAUCCUUCUACCAUACUACCGUCGCGGCAACCUACAAGAUGCGAUCAAUGCCAACCUUGUCAAUGGCGCCAAAUUCCCGGAGCGCAGACUGAUGGUCUUGUUCCGCGGUGUCUGCGUCGCACUACAAGCAAUGCACAACUACAAGGUUGGAGGAGCUCCGGGAGGGAAGAAUGCACAGUCAAAAGCAAAGCGGGUGCGCGCCGACGCUGCAAGAGCCGACAGAGGAGAGGAUCAUGGCGACGAUGAUGACGAAUUGGGCGAUGCUGAGCCCUUGAUGGAGGGUGAGAUCACCAUGGCACAAGAAGGCAUGUCCGAGGGCCAGGUCAGGGCAUACGCUCAUCGCGACAUCAAGCCUGGCAACAUCAUGAUCUCGGACAACGGCCAAUCACCCAUCCUCAUGGACCUUGGCUCAUUAGCCCCCUCACCUACACCAAUCACAUCUCGCGCUCUCGCAUUGCAAGUUCAAGACACAGCCGCCGAACACAGCACCAUGCCCUACCGCGCCCCUGAACUCUUUGACGUAAAGACCGGCUCCACCAUCGACACAAAAGUAGACAUUUGGAGUUUGGGAUGCACAUUAUACGCCUGUCUAGUCGGCAAGUCGCCAUUCGAAGCCCGUAGCGAAGAGACUGGUGGAAGCUUGAGUCUCUGUGUCUUGGGUGGAGAUUGGAGAUUCCCAGACGAGCACAACGCACAAGCAAACAAGAGCAGAGGAAAGCAAAAGAUGCCUACAAACUCAGACUCGGCACCGGCCCAAGACGCUGCUGUGAGUGAGAUGGUCAAGGAUGUUGUAAGAAGAUGUCUUAUGGUUGAGCCUUCCGAGCGACCAGAUGUCAAUGAGUUGCUCACAAUGGUCGAUGAUGUUAUCGCCGCUCUACCAGAAGAUGGGGAUUCAUUGGAGGAGUAG